CGAAAGUAUGUAUACACGUUACAAUGAUAAAUUGACGUACGUGGAGUCAUGCGCCCAUCAGAUGCAUCAUGCUCGAAUUUUGCCGUAACUUACCCUAGAAUGGUGACGGUUUACUAUUAGCAUUAAUGAUAAUAAUAUUUGCCAACAGUGUCCGCCGGUCGCCGCUCAGCAUCAACGAUCAUGUAUCAACGAAUUUACCGGCCUAUAAGAUGAUGGAUGAUUCAAACACCCCGGACAUCACCUGCAUCACCGCAUGUUGCGCCUUCUGGAAGUUCUACUCCUUUCUGGACUAGCAUUCCAGAGUUAUGUUACAGCUACGUUGUACACUGAUCCGACUCAGUUGCCGACGAGAGUGUACGACUUUGUCGUGGUCGGAGGUGAAGAGUUUUCUUUGCUUGCUGAUCGAUGCUAAACUGCUCCGCCAAUCCCGCCGAAAUAUCAGCGGGAACAGCAGGCAGUGUCAUUGCAGCCAGGCUGUCAGAGAAUCCUGCUUUUUCUGUCCUCGUGAUAGAAGCUGGUUCAAGUAACCAAAAUAUCCUGGCUGCUGAAGUGCCAUUCCUCGGUUCUACUCUCUCCCCGAACACCGCCGUCACUUGGAAUUACACGACCACACCUCAAAUCGGUCUCAAUAACAGGACUAUACCAUAUCCGAGAGGAUACGUUCUUGGGGGCUCAAGUACAAUCAAUUUUGAAAUAUGGACCAGAGGCUCGAUAGAUGACUACAAUCGAUUUGCGGAAGUAUCCGCGGAUCCUGGUUGGUCGUGGAAUGAAAUGAUUCGUUACAUGAAGAAAAGCGAACAUUUGGUGCCUCCUACGGACAACCGUAGUGUACUCGGAGAGGUGGAUCCCUCUAUACACGGUAUGAAGGGGCCUGUGCAAGUAAGCCUGGGUGGCUACAUCAGUGGCGUGGAUCAACGUGUUAUUGAUACAACGAGAGAAUUUGUCUCCGAGUUCCCAUACAACAUAGACAUGAAUUCAGGUCAUCCUCUCGGAAUUGGAUGGACGCAGAACUCCGUGAGCUCGAAAGGCUUUCGGAGCAGCUCAGCUACAGCAUAUUUAGCAUCUGCAAUGGAAAGAGAUAACCUGGAUGUCCUCAUUCAAACUCGCGUCACGAAACUUGUAGCGGUUUCGCAUGUAAAUGGCGUUCCGACAUUCGGCCAAGUAGAGGUGGCUCAAACCCCAACAGGUCCACGAUUGUUGUUCAAUGCAAGCAAAGAAGUCAUUCUAUCCGGCGGAUCGAUCAAUACACCUCAACUUUUGCAACUGAGCGGUGUUGGCGACUCGGCAUUUCUUCCGUCGUUGAAUAUAACUACCAUUCUUAACCUUGGAGACGUCGGCAAGAAUCUUUCUGACCACGCUUUCUUAGGCAAUCACUGGCUCGUCAAUUCUACCUCCACGUUCGAAGCAGUUGGCCGAAAUGCAUCUCUGGCUGCUGAUCUGCUCGAACAAUGGAAUACGACUGGCACAGGACUUUUUUCGGACCCCGGUGCCAACCAAAUUGGCUGGAUGCGACUUGCGCCAAACUCAAGUAUCUUCCAACAGUAUCCUGACCCAUCUGCUGGCCCGACAUCUGCUCACUAUGAACUCAUGCCCGUCGAUGGAUUUGUCUCAUUCGUUGAAAACACCCCAGCGACGGGUUUUUUCUUGUCUAUUGCAACAAACGUAAUUUCUCCACUAUCUCGUGGUUCAGUGACGUUGGCGUCGCGCGAUCCUUUUGAUAAUCCAAUCGUCAACCCUGCGUUGCUCGAAAGCCCAUUCGAUCUUUAUGUAAUGGUGGAAGCCAUUAAAGCUGCCAAGCGAUUCGUCGAGGCGCCCGCUUGGAAAGGCUACAUUAUCCAAGCUGUUGGUACUCUUAAUUCCACGACAGACGAAGACCUAGCAGAGUAUGCUCGGAACUCAACGUCGACGGUAUUUCAUCCAGUUGGAACCGCUCGAAUGACAUCCUACUCCAGCCAGGAUGGUGUGGUCAACCCAAAUUUACUCGUCAAAGGGUGCUCUGGAUUGCGAAUCGUUGACGCAUCCGUCUUACCGUAUAUACCAGCUGGACAUCCUCAAGCAUGCGUUUAUGCCUUGGCUGAAAGAGCAGCGGAUUUGAUCAAAGCUGCAUGGUCCUGAGACUCGGAUCAACGUACAUCUUUCCUUUAGUAGUUUUACCUUUGGAUAGAGAGCUUAGGAUCUAGGGUAAUUUUCCCGUGGAAUUUAGAAAAUCAUUGCGCUUGAA